AUGACACUAGGGAAUCAAGACCAGAACAAGAAGUCCUUUCUUCGAAAAUUUUUCUUGCAGAAGGAGGUAAGAGGGAGGAAGGGAGAAGAGAAGGCUUCAUUUGAUCUGUCUGAAGCACAUUCGGAUUCAUCGCUCCAGUCUCUCCUUUCUCACCAGUUAAGCUCUCCAAUGCCGAGUGGUCAAGUUCAGUCAUUUAAAGUUUUUGUAGCAACGUGGAAUGUCGGAGGGAAAUCUCCUCACAGUGGUCUCAAUCUGGAUGAUUUUGUACAGGUCUAUGAUGAAUCAGAUAUAUAUGUCUUAGGUUUUCAGGAAAUUGUUCCAUUGAAUGCUGGAAAUGUGCUUGUGGCAGAAGACAACGAGCCUGCCUCAAAAUGGCUGUCUUUAAUCAAUCAAUCACUGAAUAGAUCAUAUAGCAUGGCUUCAAGGGGAUCAAAAUCAGCCCUUUUCAGCUCACUUCGAUUCCAAAAGCCUUCUCUUAGAAAGGUCUGUAAGACUUUCAGGACUGAGAGUGCAAGGAGGCUGAAGACAUGCAACUGCGUUCCCAUGUUGGAAAGGAAGUAUAGCAAGGAUUGCUGUGUUUGGCCCCCAGCAGCACCAAAUGUAACUGAGGAAUACUGUUCAUCGGAAGAGGAUGAAGAUGGACUUAGCAGUUUUGUAGCUACAGAAAUUUCCACUCCAGCUAGUGUCAACCAGAUGAAGUACAGUCUUAUAACAGGCAAACAAAUGGUCGGAAUUUUUGUUACCGUUUGGGUAAGGAAGGAGCUUGUGCAGCAUGUGAGCCAUUUGAGAAUCUCUAACGUCGGCCGUGGGAUCUUAGGUUGUCUUGGGAACAAGGGGUGUAUAUCAGUUAGCAUGUCUUUCCAUCAGACCAGCUUCUGCUUUGUUUGCAGCCACUUGGCAUCGGGAGAGAAAGAAGGAGAUGAACUCCGGAGAAAUUUGGAUGUCAUAGAGAUACUUAAGAACACACAAUUUUCAAGGAUUUGCAAAUCACCAUUUAUUCGGGUGCCAGAGAAGAUCAUGGAACAUGAUCGGGUCAUAUGGUUAGGGGACUUGAAUUACAGGAUAGCUUUAAGCUACUCCGAGACUCGAAAGCUUCUGGAGCAGCAUAACAGGGAUGCACUUUUUGACAAAGAUCAGCUGAAAAUUGAGAGGGAAGCAGGGCGAGUGUUCUGGGGAUGGAAAGAGGGAAAGAUCUACUUUGCACCUACAUACAAAUACUCCUACAAUUCGGACACAUACGCCGGAGAGACUAUUGAAACCCAAAAGAAAAGAAGAACUCCAGCUUGGUGUGACAGAAUACUUUGGCAUGGAGAUGGGAUACAUCAACUAUCUUACGUUCGAGGAGAGUCGAGGUUUUCGGACCACCGGCCGGUUUUCGAUAAGCUGACCGUAGAUGCUAGAAGAUAG